AUGAUUUUUCUCCCUCUUUUAGUUUCCAGAGUCUUCUGCGAAGAGCAAAAUACAGAAAAUUCUGAAUCAGAUCCAAAAAGGAUAGAAGCAAUUCUGGAAAUCAUUAAUACAUCGCCAGAUAAAUGCCCAUAUAAUUUAAAUACGAGUUUAAUUUCAUAUUGCCAUCGUUUAGAUCAUACAUCAAGGAAGAAUUUAGCCAUCCAAAUGAUGCUCUGUAAACUUGCUAAAGAUAACCGAAAACCAGGAAAACCAUAUAGAAAUAACGACGACCAGUUCCUCAGUCAACUCUCUGAUGCUGAUUUUGAUACGUUCACCAAAUUUUACCUACAGAUUGACAAAUUAUGUUAUGAAUCUUUGCAUUUAUCACAAUAUAAUCAGAUUGAGCAAAUUCUCAAUAAUACGUUGAAUGCCAUUAACUUUUCAUCAGAAUUCCUUUCCAUAUUUUCAUCUAAAAUGACAAAUCAAACGCUCAAAUCCGCAGAAGCCCUAAAGCAAAUCGAAAAAACUGUUUUCGAAAGUACAGCACUCUCUCAUACUGUUCUUGACACACUUAAGAACUCUUGGGGUAAUGUUACAUAUAUCCUUCAACUAGAAAGACAAUAUCAUUACCAUAUAAUGAGUGCAAAGUUAUAUUUCAAAGUUAAUUUGGUUGCUUUUCUAUUAUCCUUUAUAAUUCCAAAUGUUUUUUCACCUAUUUUAAGUGUUUCAAUUCUAAUGGCUAUUAUAGAAUUCCAUUUGGUUGGAAUUGAGAUGCAAUUUUUAAUUUCUUAUUUGAAGAAGUUUUACCUUCUCCUUUGCGUCUUGAUUAUCUUUUCUAGCUUGAGGUUAAGAAUAGUUGCUAUCAAGCAUAGGAUGAUUGAUCCAUUUUUGAAAAAUCCAAAGCCAAAAAGAUAUAUCAGAUAA